CCCCCGCACAACCACUGGCUGUGUGUGCUCUUCAGUUCAGCGAUUGAGCUUUACGUGUGUGCAUCGCGCGUCGUGUCGCCGUGUUCGAGGUUCGAAGGUUGUGUGCGCACGCUAUAACCGUACCUAAACACGGGCCAAAGCAAAAUACAAAAAAGAAAAAAAAAAAAUACCUCUCGUUUGCUUUGCACUCUUUUGUUUUACCUACGGUAAAUUGUCGUUUGAGUUUUUUUUUUCACCCAUCUCGUUUGGAUUCAGUUUGACAGCUGUCAAAUUGAUUUUGACAGAAACAGUAUUUUGUGUUCGGAAAAAUAGAGUCUUGUCCACUGCUUUGUUUGAAUAACUUGCUCAUUUUGUUUGAUAUUAACAAGUAUUCUCUUCAACAAUCAACUUUACACAUGUGCAUCAUCCGGAGCGCAACAACUUUAGCGUGCUGUCAUGUUGAUUGGUUCGAAUAUCGGUAGUGAGUUUGGACAAUUGCCAAGUGCUCCGUGGAGUAUGGAGCCACAAAGGCCACCGCUAACAAUAGCAGGCGGUGCUGCUGCGGGUGCAGCUAGUGCAGUGACAGCUGCAGCAGCUGUGGGCGGUAGUGGUGGCGGUGCAACAAUACCGCCACCACCACCAGCGCCAACUUCAUUGCAAUUAUCACCGACUGUUGGUUUAUCUCCAUCAGUAGCAUCGCCUGGUGCUGCUGUAGCAGCGGCAGCAGCCGCUGCAGGACUUUUCCCCGGAGGCUCACCAUCUCCGACAACUCUAAGCGCUCUAGUCUCACAACAUCGCCUGCUGGAGUUAUCGCGGUUCGGGUUGCGUGGCUAUGAUUUGGCCCAACAUAUGCUCAGCCAACAAGGUGCUGUCUCAAAAUUACUGGGUACACUCCGACCACCUGGCUUAAUCGGUGGAUCAAAGCCAAAAGUAGCAACGCCAGCGGUAGUAUCAAAAAUCGAACAGUACAAACGAGAGAAUCCGACAAUUUUCGCGUGGGAAAUACGUGAGCGGCUAAUUUCCGAAGGUGUCUGCACAAAUGCCACUGCACCAUCGGUCUCAUCAAUUAAUCGCAUACUUCGAAAUCGUGCUGCCGAACGAGCUGCUGCUGAAUUUGCUAGAGCUGCUGGAUAUGGUUUGUAUCCACCACCUCCGCAUGCUUAUCCGGGAUUUUCAUGGCCACCAUCAGCAGCAGCUGCUGCAGCUGCUGUUCAUCUCUGGCAACCAGGGAAUCCAAUGCCGACGGGGAUAUCACCAAAUAGUGCGGGAAGUACAACAACAUCUGGGCCAGCUUUAUCACCGGGUUCGGGAAGUCAUGAUACGUUGGAAUCACCGGAUGCAAAUCGAAUGAUUGAUAUUGAAGGCGAAGAAGAUUCCGAAUCAUUAGAUGAUGGUGAAACACCAAAAUUUCGACGUAAUCGAACCACAUUCAGUCCAGAACAAUUAGAAGAAUUGGAAAAAGAAUUUGAUAAAUCACAUUAUCCCUGCGUUAGUACAAGAGAAAGACUGGCAUCUAGAACAACUCUCAGUGAAGCAAGGGUUCAGGUUUGGUUUUCCAACAGACGAGCAAAAUGGCGUCGCCACCAGCGUAUGAAUCAUCUCAAACAACGUGCAACUCCACCACUUCCAUCCACCUCAAAGGUCCAGUCAACGCCUGUGCCAGUUCCGGUCAGCAGCAGCAAUUCCCAUCAUCAAUCAUCAAGUCACCUCCAACGGUCAACUUCGUGUUCGCCCCCGCUAUCAAACAACACAAUUUCCAUGCAUCACAGCGAGGACCAACAGCGCUCAACUACCAAUCCCCGUUUGUCAAACAUUGUGGACCACCAGCAGGAGCUGAACGCUCGUUACUCGGGCGAUUUCAUCCCUACAAUCAAUUUGCCAAGUAUCAUCAACAACAACAACAACACCAACAAUUUCAACAACGGUUCCAACUCAUCCCAUCUGCCGCAUCUCACCACACUUCACCAACAUCAUCUUCCAUCUCACCACCUUCAUCCUGCCCAACAAUCAAUGUCGACGUUGGCAGCCAUUGUUGCCGCAGUCCACAACAACAACAACAGCGGCGAAUUGAACAAUCACCAACAACAAUCACCAACACAACCUCAAUCGAAACUAAACCACAAUCCCCCAAUGGCAAAUCAGCGAAUAACGGAAACAACGCCAUCAUCACACACAGCAUCAGUUCCAUUAUCAAUGGGCGGUGAGCAUAGUGCCUUCCGGUCGUUGGUGAAUCCAUCAUCGGCUGCAAUGUUUGCUUUGGCUCAACAAUAUGCAGCUUCAAUGAAAAACGGCGAAUCUGCAACAGAAUCUGAUGAAGAAGAAAUCAAUGUUCACGAUGAUGUCAGUGUUGACGCUGAUGAUGAAUCAGAAAAUGAAAAAAAUUAAACAAAAGAAAAACAUUUUUAUUUUAAUUUUAGUGCAAUUUAAUUUGUAUGUGUAUAUGAAAAAUAAUAAUUUAUACAAUUUUAAUGAAAAUUUUGAUUUAAAAAAAAUGAUAUAUCC